AAUAUCGAGCCAUUAACGUUAAACAUCGAGCCAUUAACAUUUAAUAUCGAACCCUUAAUGUUUAACAUCGAGCCAUUAACGUUUAAUAUCGAGCCCUUAACAUUAAAUAUCGAGCCUUUAACGUUUAACAUCGAGCCAUUAACGUUUAAUAUCGAGCCAUUAACAUUAAAUAUCGAGCCGUUAAGGUUAAAUAUUGAGCCGUUAAUGUUAAAUAUCGAGCCGUUAACGUUAAACAUCGAGCAGUUAACGUUAAAUAUCGAGCCAUUAACGUUUAAUAUCGAGCCAUUAACGUUUAAUAUCAAGCCGUUAACGUUAAACAUCGAGCAGUUAACGUUAAAUAUCGAGCCAUUAACGUUAAAUAUCGAGCCAUUAACGUUAAAUAUCGAGCCAUUAACGUUUAAUAUCGAGCCGUUAACGUUAAACAUCAAGCCGUUAACGCAUGACAAAAAAAACUGCUUGCUUAACAAAUAG